GUGAAAUAAUCAUGCAUAACUAGAAAAUGCUUCUCAAUUAUUAUGGCCUCUCUUGCUUUAUCCCCUCGGCUCUCCCUCCUCCUUCCUUGCCCUCACUCACUCUCUCUCUCUCUCUCUCUAACAUUUUUCGAUUAGUAAUCUUUCAAAUUGAAGCAGAAAGAUCCAUUCUUUAAGUUAUAAAUAAAAAACCCAAGAAAAAGAUUCAACUUUUUGGAGAAAGGGAAUCGAAAUGAAGAGGAAAGACAACCAGCAGGACACUUCCUCCGGAGGCGGCGGAGAAGCGGCGGAUGGUGGGAGCUCAUUAAUGGCGGCGGUGAAUAAGGGAAAGCUUCUGAGAUCGGAGGACAAAGAGACCACCGGGGUCGACGAACUGCUCGUGGUGUUGGGUUACAAGGUUCGAUCUUCCGCCAUGGCUGACGUGGCCGAGAAGCUCGAGCAGCUCGAGAUGGUUCUCGGUUCCGUACAAAACGACGGACUGUCGUACCUAUCGAACGACACCGUUCACUACAACCCUUCCGAUCUAUCCGGUUGGGUCGACAGCAUGCUCUCGGAUCUCGACCCGACCCGGAACCAGUGUCGGGUCUACGAAGACCAUUCCGAGUACGACCUCCGAGCCAUCCCUGGCUCCGCCGCUUACCCGAAAUCUCACCUGGAAGACGAUGACACCCCCCGAAAACGGGUCAAACCCGGAUCCGGAAUCGGGUCGAAUUCCGGGUCUGAUCUCGCUGUAGAGACAGAGUCGACUCGAUCUGUUGUGUUGCUUGAUUCGCAGGAAACAGGGGUGCGUCUGGUGCACGCGCUCGUGGCGUGUGCGGAGGCCGUGCAACAGAACGACAUGAAGCUCGCCGACGCGCUCGUGAAGCACGUGGGUCUACUCGCGGCGUCGCAGAUCGGUGCCAUGAGGAAAGUGGCUACGUACUUCGCCGAGGGCUUGGCGCGAAGGAUCUACCGGAUUUACCCACGUGACGGAUCUCCGUCGUUCUCCGACACGCUCUACUUCCACUUCUACGAGUCGUGUCCGUAUCUGAAAUUCGCUCACUUCACCGCGAAUCAGGCCAUCCUCGAGCGGUUCGCGGCGGCGGAGAAAGUCCACGUCAUCGAUUUCGCCCUCAACAUGGGCUUACAGUGGCCGGCUCUCAUCCAAGCCAUUGCCCUCCGACCGGGUGGGUCGCCGGCUUUCCGGUUAACCGGAAUCGGACCGUCCGUAAACUCGCCGGAAAACGCCGACCCAUUUCCUGAAAUCGGGUGGAAACUCUCUCACCUUGCUCGGACCCUCGGUGUUGAAUUCGAGUUCAAGAGUAUUGCGGUGAAUUGCUUGUCGGAGCUUGAACCGGCGAUGCUAGAGACCCGACCUGGAUCCGAAUCGGUCGCGGUUAAUUUGGUUUUCGAGCUUCACCGUGUCUUGGCCCGGCCCGGGUCAAUCGAGAAGGUUUUCUCCACGAUAAAAUCGAUUAAACCGGACAUCAUAACCGUGGUCGAGCAAGAAGCUAACCAUAACGGCGCAGUUUUCCUCGACCGGUUCACCGAGUCGCUACAUUACUACUCAAGUCUGUUUGACUCAUUGGAGGGUCCACCGAGUCAGGACCGGGUCAUGUCAGAGUUAUUUCUUGGACGGCAGAUACUGAACCUUGUGGCUUGUGAAGGACCGGACCGGGUCGAGCGGCACGAGACCCUUGCCCAGUGGCGAACCCGGUUCAAUUCUGCCGGUUUCAAACCGGUUCACCUUGGUUCGAAUGCAUAUAAACAAGCUAGCAUGUUAUUAGACCUUUUCUCCGGGGCUGAUGGCUACAAUGUGGAGGAGAACGACGGUUGUUUAUUGCUCGGCUGGCAGACUCGGCCGCUCAUCGCCACCUCAGCAUGGCAGCUCGCGGCCGCCGAGUUGAGGCAGUGAGUCAACUCGGCAUUGGACAAUGGUUGCUAGACGAUGCGAGCAAACAUGUGCUCAUAUACUGCAGAAUUCCUACGUUUGUUUUGAACUUUUACGAGAUCAAAAACUUUAUAUUUAUGAUCUUUUAUUAUAUUUAUAAUAAAUGAAAAUCAAAUUUAAGCCA